CAACCAAAGUAAAAGUAUUGCACCAUAAAACUGUAGCCUACCAAAUGAUUGCGCGUUUCACCGUGGACCUUAUAAUUAAAAGGUCAAUGGUUUCACAGAUAAACCUUUAAUAAGCGCCGUUUAUUGUUAUGUUUAUAAUGUUUAUUUCAUUAGGCCUACAAUGAAACGAAAAUCAUGUGAAUUUCAAUUUGUUACAAAUAAAACUGUCGCCAGUGAGCAGCAAAGUGAUUAUGAAUAUGAUGAAAAUGAUAACGAUUUCAGAACAACUGCAACAACGACAAAAUUGCCACUGAAAAAAGUCAGAACUAAAGAGUCUAAAACUAAAUGUAUCAAGUCAAGCCCUCAUAAAUCAAGCGCAAACGGGAAAUUUGUAUUAAAACAGACAAGAGCCAUCUGCAAUAGAACUACAGAAAAAACAAAAUUUAAAAAUACAAAGACUGUGAUUGUUGGUGAGGUAAAAGUAUUAAAUGAAGUACCUGUAGAUUCAGUAAACAAUAUCUGUAUAUCAGGUGGAACAUCUAAUAUGGUUACAGAUGAAAUUUUGGACUCCACGGCAGUUAAAACAAAAAGUAGAAACACAGAUAAAAGAAAGUGCAGCAAAAAUAAGAGCUCAAAAACAGCUCUGAUACCGAUUCAAAAUAAAACAAAACUUUGUCCAGCAAACAAAUUGAUGGUCAUAUCUAUAUCUGAUGAAAGUGAAAGUGAGGAAUUUCAACUACCAACAAAACAAUUUACUGUUUUCACCAGUCCUGCGAACAAAAUUAAAGAUAAAAUAAAGGAACCGCAGACAAAAAUAUCAAAAAAAGUUACCUCUUCUAAAGUCCAACGAAGCCCUGUAAAAUCUUUGAUAAAUGAAGAAACUAUAACUGUUGCUUGUAAGACAAAGAAAGGGUUGCCAAUAAAAAAUAAAAAGAAAGUUAGAAAAACAAAUGAAGCUAAGAAAAAUAUAAAUGAGGGUACUCCAAAGAAAGUACCGAAGAUACAUGAUGGCUAUUGUCCUUUUUGUCAAAUGCCUUUUUCUGCUUUGGGAAUGCAGUCUCCUAACUGGCAUUCCAUGGAGUGUAUGGACUUGCCAUUAGUAGCAGAUACAGAAUGUGAACUUGGUAUACAGUGUGAUAGUACAAUUGCCAGUCAUUAUAGAAGAUAUAAACAUAGUACUUUAGCUACAUACAGAGCAACAUUAACUGAUCCCAACCAGUCUUUUUCUCUAGAAUCAAAAACAUCAACUUCUGCUACCUCAUAUAUCUUAAGUGAAUGUGACAGUGUCGCUCUUGAUUCAGCUAGUUCUAAUACUGUAAAUGGACAGUUUGGUGUAUUGUCAUCUGAUGAAAAUGACAAUUCAUUUCCCUGCACAUUAACAAAGUGUGUGGAAGCAACAGGUCUAGAAACUCUGGUAACAAAGGACGAAUCAGAUCUUCAAAAUAUUGAUAAUUUAGGAGAUGUAUUUACAGAGGAAUCAGAUGAAGAUAUAUUUAAUGUUGAAACUCCAGAAACUCCCAACUUUUUCUCAGACAAAGACAAAACAAAUACCUCAAUACCAAGACCUGUAAUAGAUUUAAAACUGGAAAUAGAAUCAAAUACUGGUGGAUUUUUGCAUGAUAAAAACUUUGGUAGUGUUGAUUUAACAUCCGACCUAGGUAUUGAUUCUUCGACAUCUGUGAGAGAAACUCAAGCAUCAUCUUUAAAAUCUUUCAGUUUUAAUUCAAAUUUAAACCCUGCAUCAUUAGAUAAAUUUGGCUGCAGUAGUUCUAAGGUGUCAACUAAACAGACUUCAUUGUUUAGCUUCUUCCAAUCAAACUGCAAGACAAGUAAGGAGCAUGACCAGUUUAAGGGAGAUAACCCCAUUUCUAAGCUCAAGAAACGUCUACACCUAAAUGCUAAGCCAGCAGUGUUGAACUCAACUCCUUCAUCAAGUAAAGGGGUGAAAUCUGAUUCAUGGGGAUCAUUGAGACCAAGCCCAACACCAGUGAGUGCUAAAAAAGAAGAAUCUAAUAUUAAGAAAGAUACAUCCAUACCUACCUCAAAUAAAGAUACUGGAACUAGAGAAAAUAGUUAUGGCAAGAGAAAACUAUAUUGUCCAUUUUACAAGAAAAUACCAGAAACCGGUUUAACUGUUGAUGCAUUCCGAUAUGGUGUUAUACCUGGAUGUAAAGCAUACAUUCUUACACAUUUUCAUUAUGAUCAUUAUUGUGGUUUAACGAAAAAGUUUAAAGAAACCAUUUAUUGUAGCCAGAUUACUGGUAAUUUAGUAGAAUCUAAACUGAAAGUAGAAGCACAGUAUAUUCAUCGUUUACCAAUGAAUGAACCAUGUAUGGUAGAAGGUGUGGAAUUAAUCUUAAGAGAGGCAAACCAUUGUCCAGGAGCUGUGAUUAUAUUUAUGCGUCUUCCAAGUGGUCGACUGAUUCUACAUACUGGUGAUUAUAGAGCACAUCCCUCUAUGGAAGGUUAUCCAGAAUUGAUAAACAAUAAAAUAAAUGAUCUUUAUCUGGACACAACGUAUUGUAAUCCAGAUUAUGCUUUCCCAUAUCAACAGGAUGUCAUUGAUUUUGCUAUUAAGAUUGCAAACAAGACAAUGAAAAUCAACCCCAAUACUUGUAUUGUAUGUGGUACAUAUACUAUUGGUAAAGAAAGGGUUUUUAAAGCCAUUGCCAAAGCCAUCAACAGUAAAGUUUGUGUAAAGAAAGAUAAGAAAGGCAUAAUAGAUUGUUUAGAAGAUGAAGAAUUGAAUAAAAUGGUGACUCUUAAUCCAGAAGAAGCCUUGGUUCAUGUUUUACCAAUGAAGCUGCUCAAUUUUAAUAGUUUAAGUGAUUAUUUAAGGAAAAACAAACAGUUCAGUAGUAUAUUAGUAUUUGAACCAACUGGCUGGACUCAUAAUAAUAAAGUUAUUUCACUUGAUCAUGUUCAACCUAAGUACAGUCGUAAUGGCAUUACACAUUACGGUAUACCCUAUAGUGAACACAGCAGUUUUCUUGAGCUCAAAAGAUUUGUUCAGUUUUUAAAACCUACUAGAAUUCUUCCUACUGUUAACAAUGGCAAUCCUGCAAGCAGACGUAAGAUGGAAGAUUUGUUUGCAAGUUGGAUGAAGGAAACAGAAGAGCCACUUAUAUGUAUAUCAAAACAAUCAUCUCUUAAUGAAUGGAUGAACCAAUCUCAAAAAUAAAGGAUUACCAGAUUAUGCAACAUGUGUUUGGCAGGAAGUGCUAUAUUUAUAAACCUAUGUAUAAUGUGUUUUGUAAUAUAAUGCAUUUAUAGCUUCUCGGAAAACCAAACUGAUAUUCUGUGCUAUACAUUUUGCAUAACCUAAAAAAAAGUGAUGACCAAUCAGUCUUAUUAACAGUCAGUAGCAAUGUAAUCUGUAGUCCCAAAUGACUCUUUUUUAACAUAGUGGAUAUUUGGGUUGCCAAAUGAAAGUUGACAAUAUACAGGACAACGGUCACUACAAAAAUUAGACAAAAUACCAGAAUCGUUGACAUGGGUUGGUGAAUUUGUUAAGGUUGGGUCUAAAGAUGAAUUACAGCUAUAUUCAGUAAUCAAAUGUCAUGUCAUACUUCUUAAUCCACCUGCUGAUAAUAUUUAAAGGGAUACCAAAUUGGUACCAGUGUUUCUAUGUGCUAAUUGGUAUAAUAAAUUAAUAUGUGUACUUGUUGAUGAAAUUAAUACCUCACUGGGAAUGGAACUUAUAUAUUAUAAUACAUAGUUUUGAAAUACUUUUUUUUGUAUCUAUUAUAUACAUGUAUAAAGAAAUUGUAAUCUAUGUACCGGUACUCAUUGAUGAAAUUAAUACCUCACUGGGAAUGGAACUUAUAUAUUGUAAUAUAUAUUUUUGAACUACUGUGUUAUAUCUUUUAUAGAUAUG